CUCUCCCCGCUGUAAAAAAGUAACUUUUACUCUGAGUAAUAUUAAAAUGACUUACUUUUUACUUUUACUUGAGUAGAUUUUUAGACCAGUAACUUUACUUUUACUUAAGUAAAAUAUUAUUAAAGUAACUUUACUUUUACUUAAGUAGAAUGUUUUAUUACUCUUUCCACUUCUGCAUUCAUGUGUAUUAAAAUUCAAUUUGCGUCCGUUCAUAGAGAAAGAGAAACGUUUUCUAUCUGUACACAUUUCCUUGCAAGUACAAUUUUGCCUGUAUUAUUGGUGUCCCCUUCAAAAAUUGUUCUUGAAAAAUGUUAUGUUUAUUGCCCCCCCCCCAACAUUUAGAUGAAAUUUUCGCCCCUGCAGUAGCUAUAACAUUAAGUUGUAACCAAUCAGAACUUUGUAUGUGUAGUGAUGUCAGGCAUUCGGUAGGCUACAUAAAUCUGCAGGACAGUCAUGCACACACGCACAAACAUCCAGGAUCUUCAGUUUCAAACUUUCUCCAGCGCAAUCACUACACCAACGUCAACAUGCAUAGUAAAGAUCAGAUCGGCCAUGAUGACUACCAGACAACAGCAGACUGGCUGCUCUCCCAUACACAACACAGACCAAAAGUGGCCAUCAUCUGUGGCUCUGGGCUCGGCUUGCUGGCUGAUACCCUCAAGAACCAAGACUCCUUCAAAUAUGCAGACAUCCCCAGCUUUCCUCAGAGCACAGUAAAGGGCCACGCUGGACGGCUAGUGUUUGGGCAUCUUAAAGGGAAGACCUGCGUGUGCAUGCAGGGACGAUUUCAUAUGUAUGAGGGACACUCGCUAAGCAAGGUCACCUUUCCAAUAAGAGUGUUUAAACUUCUGGGUGUUGAAACCUUGAUUGUCACUAAUGCCGCCGGAUCAAUAGCGGACAGUUACAGUUGUGGUGAUAUUAUGAUCAUCCGUGACCACAUAAACUUUCCUGGACUAGCUGGACUAAACCCACUCAAUGGACCGAAUGAUGAUAGAUUUGGUCCACGAUUUCCGCCCAUGUCUGGGGUCUAUGACAAAGACUUACGGAAGUUGGCAUUUGACAUCUGUAAGACCAUGGGUGUCUCUCAAUAUAUCCAAGAGGGUGUGUACUGCAUGGUGGGAGGGCCAAACUUUGAAAGUAUUGCUGAGGCUCGUCUAUUACACAAACUGGGAGUGGAUGCAGUCGGAAUGAGUACUGCCCCAGAAGUUUUGGUUGCCAGCCACUGUGGCAUACGAGUCUUUGGUCUUUCUCUCAUCACUAACAAAGUGGUGAAAAGCUAUGAGGACAAUGAGGCUGUCAAUCAUGAAGCUGUGCUGGAAGUGGGCAAAAUGCGCUCAGAAACCCUGCAGGCGCUUGUCACCGAGCUCAUAAGCCACAUGGACAUCAACAACAACAACAACAACAACAACAUUGUAUGAUGUCACACAUACUGUAAGAGCCAAUCAAAGCCUCAUACAAAAUAACCUGCAGCUAUCAUUGUGUCUUUUUACAGUAGAUUAUAUUUUCAGUAAUAAUAGCAUAUUUUGAAUGUUUUAUGGAAGGAUCUAUGGUGCCAUAUCAACACACUUACAUACAAUUACUGGGUUAUUGAACAUGUAUGUAAACAUUUACAUAUACAUUUGUUUAUGUAUGUUAAUGUAUUCUGUAGUUUCAUAAUAACAACAUAAUUAUAAUUUAUGUAGGAAAUUUAGAAUU